AUGGAGGUGGACCAUGGCGCCGCCGGCAACGGCAACCAUGUCCAACAAAGUCGUCGCAGCACGGCGGAGCUGUCAUCGGGGCCGCCGCACAAGCCGCCGCUCGUGGACGACGACGGGCGGCCGCUCCGCACGGGCACGCUGUGGACAGCCAGCGCGCACAUCAUCACGGCGGUGAUCGGCUCCGGCGUGCUCUCGCUGGCGUGGGGCGUCGCGCAGCUCGGGUGGGUGGGCGGCCCCGCCGCGAUAGUGCUCUUCGGCGCCGUCAUCUGCUACUCCUCCACGCUCCUCGCCGAGUGCUACCGCUCCGGCGACCCUGUGUUCGGCCCGCGCAACCGCACCUACAUCGACGCCGUCCGCGCCACCCUAGGCGACUCCAAGGAGAGGCUCUGCGGCGCCAUCCAGCUCUCCAACCUCUUCGGCAUCGGCAUCGGCGUCUCCAUUGCUGCCUCCGUCAGCAUGCAGGCGAUCAGGAGGGCGGGGUGCUUCCACUACCGAGGGCACGAGGACCCCUGCCACGCCUCCACCAGCCCGUACAUCGCCAUCUUCGGCGUGAUGCAGAUCGUCUUCUCGCAGAUCCCCGACCUGGACAAGGUAUGGUGGCUGUCCACUGUCGCCACCAUCAUGUCCUUCUCCUACUCCACCAUCGGCAUCUGCCUUGGUGUUGCCCAGAUUGUAGUACACCGAGGACCAAAGGGGAGCCUCGCCGGCGUCAUCGGCGCCGGCGCCGGCGUGACGCUGAUGCAGAAGGUGUGGCGCAGCCUGCAGGCGUUUGGGAACAUCGCGUUCGCGUACGGUUUCUCUCUUAUCCUGCUCGAGAUCCAGGACACGAUAAAGUCGCCGCCGCCGUCGGAGGCCAAAGUGAUGAAGAAGGCGACGGCGGUGAGCGUGGCGGUGACGAUGGUGAUCUACCUGCUGUGCGGCUGCGUCGGGUACGCGGCGUUCGGCGGCGCGGCCCCCGACAACCUGCUGACGGGGUUCGGCUUCUACGAGCCCUUCUGGCUGCUGGACGUGGCGAACGCCUUCGUGGUGGUGCACCUGGUGGGCACCUACCAGGUCAUGUCGCAGCCCGUCUUCGCCUACGUCGAGCGCCGCGCCGCCGCGGCGUGGCCUGGCAGCGCGCUGGUCCGCGCCAGGGACGUCAGGGUGGGGGGAGCCAUGGCGUUCACCGUGAGCCCCAUCCGGCUCGCGUGGCGCACGGCGUACGUGUGCGUCACCACGGCCGUGGCCAUGCUGCUGCCCUUCUUCGGCUCCGUCGUGGGACUCAUCGGCGCGCUGGGGUUCUGGCCGCUCACCGUCUACUUCCCCGUGGAGAUGUACAUAGCGCAGCGCCGGGUGCCGCGGGGAGCAGGCGGUGGAUGCUCUUGCAGGGGCUCAGCGCCGGGUGCCUUGUUGUGUCCGUUGCUGCCGCGGCGGGGUCCAUCGCCGGCGUCGUGGAAGACCUCAAGGCGCACAAUCCCUUCUGCUGGUCGUGCUGACCGAUCGAAGCAACUCUCUAUCAGAUUGUCAGGGAAGGUUCUGUGA